AACGAUCAUAGGCAGGGCGAAGACCUAAAACAUGGAUGGCAUUGCCAAGAAAUCAAUUCUUCGUAAACAAGUAUCAUUGCUUCCUAAUAGAGAGAAAGCAACAUUAUGGAACCUGAUUAAGCAGUUCAUAUUCUCUCACAACAUUAGGCAGAGUAAUCUUAUGCAACACAAUAUUCCUAUGGAUAAACAGAAUAAAUAUUUUCAACGGUGGAUGAUAUUUCUCUCCCUUUUAAUCCAAAUAUUACUUGAUUACUUUGAAGGCCCCUUGAAGAAAAUGGGAUCUAUGGUUGAAGAUCUUCUCAAUGCCAAUGUUAUUCCUAGAAAAAAAGAAAGAUCAGUAGAUGAAAAUGGCAUUAGUUUGUCGUUCCUGGGACAUUUAGACAGGAGGAUAGAGCUUAACAAAGAUAUCAAGCAUGGAGACGGGAGAUACUAUCCCGCACUUUCUAUGAUGGCAUCUAAGUUGGCUUACGAAAAUCAACCCCUUAUUCAAACUGUAGUUAAUCGUCACUGGAAGAUGGAAUUCGUGAAGUUCUACGAUUUUUACAAUGAGUUUCAAAAGAAAACAACGACACAAGCAUUCAUCAUGCGCGAGAGAAAUAAGGGAGGUGACAAAAUUAUUGUAGCCUUUAGAGGAACGUCACCUUUUGAUGCAGACGAUUGGAGCACUGAUUUCGAUUUCUCAUGGUGUAAAAUUGAUGGGAUGGGAAAAACACAUAUGGGUUUCAUGAUAGCUUUAGGUUUACAAAAAUACUACCAUGAAGAUGAUAGUGAUAAGCUAGGAGAUUAUUAUGGUUAUUUUCGCAAACAAAUCCAACAAGAUCUACAUAGACCUUUAGCUUAUUACACCAUUAGAGAUAAACUUAAAGAAAUCAUUGCAACUAACAAAAGGGCUCAAAUUAUAGUGACGGGCCAUAGUUUAGGAGGUGCCCUUGCCAUUUUGUUCCCGGCAAUUUUAGCUUUGCAUGAAGAAGUGGAAUUAUUAGAUAAGUUAGAGGCAAUCUAUACUUAUGGACAACCAAGGGUUGGAAAUGAACAAUUUGGUGAAUUUAUGAACAACAACUUGAGAGAGCAUAAUAUUAAGUAUUAUAGGAUUGUUUAUGGAUUUGAUUGUGUCCCUUCAGUCCCACUUGAUAACACUUUGAUGACAUUUAAGCACUUUGGGACUUAUAUCCACUUUAACUCUCUCUAUCAAGGAAAGAUUCUUGAAGAAGAACACCAAAAGUUGGUGAAAGAAACUAGAAAUGAACUGUUUAUUAUGAUGAAAUAUUUAAGGCUACUAAGAGGAAUACUUUUGACAUUAAUGAAUUUUAUAAUAGCCAGAUUUAUAGCUAUUUGGGAGCUAGUCAGAGGAAUUUUCAUUGGUUUCACAGCAGGACAAUAUUAUAAAGAGGGAUGGCUGCUAUUAGUAUUCAGGACUAUUGGGAUAUUAUUCCCUGGUGCAGCUAAUCAUAAUCCUCAAGAUUAUGUUAAUGCUACUAUGUUAACUUCUGAGAACAUAUUCAAAUACCACCUUUAGUUGACUAAUUAAUUAAACUUUGAAACAUUCAUCUUUUCCCAAAUCUGGAUAAAUUCUCUUGUUAGUGAAUUGAAUUAGUCUAUGAUUCUUUUUAAAUUGUAAUAAUAAUAACGUCACUCAUAUCAAACGUUAAUGCUAGGUGUUUAUAUAAUAUGACUAAAGAUGAAAUAUAUAUAACAUUAAU